GGAAGGAACAGGUCAGAGUCAGCAGGAAGGCAGCAAGACCGGUCAGUCCGGGCAAGUAAACCCUAACUGCAGAGAACACACAGGGGAACCUGGAGAAUUCCGCAGAACAGACUAUUAUUACACCUGCCUCUCAGAGAACUGCUUACAUCGCGACUCCACUGAACAGUCGGGGCAACAUCGGGAACUUUACAGAGCAGACUGGAAUAACAUCGGAAACUCUCCCAGCCUCGAGUAACAAUGGGGGUCUGUAUCCAGCCUAGAGUAACAAUGAGGAUCUGUAUCCCAGCCUAGAGUAACAUAGAGGACUGUAUCCCAGCCUAGAGUAACAUAGGGGACUGUAUCCCAGCCUACAGUAACAUAGGGGUCUGUAUCCCAGCUUAGAGUAACGUUUGAGACUUUAGACCAGUCUAGUGUUAAUGUAUAGGACUGUACACCCACCUAGAGGAACAUUGGGUGUGUACACCAGUUAGAAUAGCGUUAGGGACUAUAGCCUAGCCUACAGUAACAUUGGGUGUGCAUACUAGCCUAAAGUAACAGUGGGGACUUUAGGUCAGUCUAGCUCAGUGCUAUCACAAAGCCAGCUCUUCAGCUCCUCCCCUGUGUUACUAGUUGUCAGCUGGGGAGAUGUUCCAAGCUCUGGGCAGUACUAACCCUUGCCUCCGCUUGAUGCACAGCAACAGGUCAAGCUGUUACUUUGCGCUACUGGUUCUUGCCUAUCUGCUCUACCUGAGCUUCGGCGCCCUGAUCUUCUCCUCAAUUGAGCUGCCUUACGAAGACAACCUCCGCCAACAACUGAGGGAGCUGAAGGACCAGUUUCUGGAGGAGAACCCAUGCCUAGCCCCAGACAGCCUGGAGCGUUUCCUAGGCCAGGUCCUAGAGGCCAACAAUUAUGGGGUGUCCGUGUUAAACAACAGCACUGGCAAGUGGAACUGGGACUUCACCUCUUCCCUCUUCUUCGCUGCCACUGUCCUCACAACCACAGGUUACGGUCACACGGUCCCACUCUCUGAUGGUGGCAAGGCUUUCUGCAUCAUCUAUUCGCUGAUGGGCAUUCCCUUUACACUGCUGUUCCUCACUUCCAUUGUCCAGCGGCUCAUGGUCCAUGUCAGCAGGCGGCCAGUCCAGUAUAUCCACACUCGCUGGGGUUAUGCCGAGCAGACCGUGGCUCUGGUCCACGCCAUCCUCCUAGGGCUGAUCGUCACCUCCUGCUUCUUCUUCAUCCCAGCGGCCAUCUUCUCCACAUUGGAAAAGGACUGGAACUUUCUGGAAUCCAUUUACUUUUGCUUCAUCUCCCUCAGCACCAUUGGCCUGGGAGACUACGUUCCUGGUGAGGUGCACCAUCAGCAGUUCCGUGAGCUAUACAAGCUCGGAAUAACUGUGUACCUCAUGUUUGGCCUCACCGCUGUGCUUGUUGCCCUGGAAACCUUCUGUGAGCUGCAGAAGCUGAAAGAAUUUAAAAGGAUCUUCUACUUGAAGAAAGAGAAGCUGGAAGAUGAACGAAACAUUCUGGACCACGAUCAUCUCUCGUUUCCCUCGGUGACGGACUCUGUGCCCAUUACCAGGGAACAGCAGAAACUCAAUGAGCCUUUCUCCCCAGGCCCAUUGGCCAGCUACCAGUUUAUAGAGGAUCCCGUCAACCGGUGACCCUCAGCUAUCACCAACUGCACCCCCCCCCCAUUCCAAAACACCAUUGGCCAGCCCUUCCAUCAUGUCAUAAAGCAAACCCGCAUGUGAUUAGUAUAGGUUCUAAAGCAAUUCAACCAGCCUCCAAAAGAGAAAGGAAGCACAGAUCGGGGGUAAGAAAAAGAAACUGGGGUAAAGAAAGUGUGUUUUUGGGUCACCUUGAAGUAGAAAGCCUGUUUUCACACAAGCGAUGAUAUCGUUGCUGAGAAUUUCCACAUCAAUUUCCCUCAGGCGAAGUAGUUAUACAGGUGAAUGCGAUUAACCCCAGAACAUUCUGUCCCCGUUCGAAGGAGAUGGAAUUAUUAAUGAUUUGGCAAAAUACUUAUUUUAAUUGUAAUAUUCGUUGGGAGGGAGGAGAAAAUGAGCUGACAGUGUUCAAAGAGCAGCCUUUUUCACACUGUGAGGUGGGGUCCAGUAUUCAGAAUAACCUACAGCUGUUUCUAUGGGACCUGUACUUCAUUAGAAAACAAGAAUGGGCCUGUUAUCCCCUCUGACCUGAUCUGUUAAAUAGAUAUGGCUCGUCUGUUGUACCCUACUCAUUUCAAUAUCCCUUCAUGUCCUUAUUUCAAUUAAAAAAAACUCUCAGUUGCAGACUUGAAAGCUCCAAUCGGCCUCUAGCAUCCACACCCUCUUUGGGAAGAGAUUCCCCCUCUCCUUUGAAUGAUGAGGUUCUUACUGACAUGAUUGCAGGACUGGCCUAGCUCUAACUUUAAGAUUAGGUCCCACUGUCCUCCAUUCCCCCAGAGGAAGAAAUAUCAUCUUUCUGUCUACGCCAGCAAAUCCUUCCAAUAUUAAAAAAAAACAACUAGUUUCUAAAUCUUUCAGAGUGAUACAAAAGUGAUACCUUAUCUUUGCAACCUGACCUUAUAAUUUAUCCAUUUUACUGCUGAUGUCAUUCUGGUGAAUUUGAGUCCAUGAUCAGUCCAUGCUUCCUGAGUGCAGCAUCCAAGUCUGAACACCAUACACCCAGCAGAGUCCACCCAGGGCUCUCAAUACAACUACACAGCACAGUUUCCAUUCUUCUGUAACGUCGUUCUGCUUGAGCUCAUAGCCAAUAGCCCAUUUGUCUUUAUGGUUGAGUUUGUGAACUGUUCACCUCGUGAGCCACUGAAGGAAGCCAGCCCCAGACCAUUUCCCAUCAGUCCUUUUAACCGCCAUGCUCUGGACAAACAGGUGCUGGAUAUUGACCCCUGAAUACACAACCUUUCGCUUUUCAAAUUAAUUUUCACAAAGUUAAAGGAUGUUUGACAGAGGAAAUGAUGUAGGUAUACAAGAGAAACAAACUAUUUAACGGGACUCCUCAAAACAGCUGUCAAACAUUUUUGUUUAUCAUUUCGGUGUUACAGAAUAAUGUUUUGUGUUUGUGUCUUAUUUUGAAAUUCUACCUCGUGUGAAGAAGUGAAAACAAAACACAUACUGGAGGGAAUUGGGUGAGCUCUUUUUGCUCGAUAUUUUUGAAGUAGUUCUUCAGAGGGAGCUCCAUUUCAAGUGCUGUUCAUUUUGAAAGGGGCCAGGCUUUGGGCGUCUAACAUAUCUGCCUGAUCCAGGCCCCUAUUAACAUGGCAAACACAGUGCUACAAUAAAUUGGGCCCCGGUUGCCGUUUGAGCUGGGAGCCAGUGGAAAGCCGCAUCAUGCUCGCUCUCCAGUUUCACAGGGAUGGAACUGAAGUGACAACAUUGUGUUGGAUUAUUCCUGGGGCAUGGCCCAAGGGGAGCGGGUAUAAUCGUAGCUGCCACAUCCAAUCACUGUGCAGUUGCCAAGGCUGGCUUUACCCAGGGUCCUGGCUGCUGUCUCCCAUUCACCAAUACUGACCCUGUGUAAAAGGGCAUUGCCAGGUUGAGGCAGGAGGGGUUCGGUGCCAUCUGAGACUGAAUGAAGAUCAUGACAGAAGUUCGAUUCAAGGACUGCAGGUCAAACUAAGAUGGCAGAGCAAUGGAUUUUGAGAUAGAGGUUAUUUUAUUGAUAACAAACACAGAGAGUGCUGGAGAAACUCAGCAGUUCUGGAAGCAUGUCUGGAGAGUGAAGCAGUUAAUGUUUCAAGUCUGGUAUGACUUUUCUUCAGAACUGAAAGGUGAAGGAAAAUAGGUUUUUUAUACUUCUGACACAGGUAGAAGAGGAGCAAAAGGGUAAAUGAUAUAGAUGCAAAGGGCCAGACCCAUAGCAAUGUGGCUGACUCUCACGUGGUCUUUUUAACAGUAGGGAAAGAAAACAAAGUGUGUAAAUUGGUGUGAAAGGGAGAAAGUUGGUCCUUCUUACUAAGAGCAAAGUAAACAAGACACAAACAUGACAUGGCUAUGAGGAAGGAGUGUAAGGGAGAGAAGAAUGUUUUAUGUCAGUUCUCCAUUUUUCUCACAAUCAGUUUCUGAAGUUAUUGAAUUCAAUAUCGAGACCUCAAGGCUGUUCCAAUGAAAUACAAUGAAAACUCAAGUAACAACACCUCAUUUUCUGCUUAGGCCGUCUACCUAAUGAGUUUCACAAGCAUUCUCUGUGUUUGUUUCAGAUAUCCAGCAUCCACAGUAUUUUGCCUUUAUUUGAAUCUUUUUGUUGGUGCCAUUACAAAAGCUUUACCUCAGCCCAAGAUGUGCAUGAUAAGCAUAUAAAAAUUCCUUUAAAAACCAACUCCGCUUGAACAAUAUUCCACUUGUUUGAAAAUUCUCAAGCCCAUUUUAUUUAUUAGUUAAUUCAUUUAUUUGCAAUAGAAAAUAAGCUGCUGGAAAUUCUCCACAGCUCAGGCAUUAUCUGUGGAGACAAUGAACGUUUUAGCUGAAUGGCCUUCAGAAACGUUUUCUGUUCUUAUUUGGGAUUUCCAGCAUCCACAGUAUUUUGUUCUGGUAAUUUUGUUUGUGUUGUGUUUUGUAGGCAAGAAAUUCCUAGGAAGGGAAGGACUUUAGAGUGUAGAGAGAGUUUGUAGGGAAGGAGUUUAGAAU